AUGGAGGAGCGGGACAAGGACGAGGGGCCCGGAGUGCCGGACAUGACGAUGAUGCCACAGAUCACCGAGCAGGCCAUCAACGACAACCUUAAACGCAGAUACAUACACGACCUCAUAUAUACAUACACAGGUUCAAUUCUAGUCGCAGUGAAUCCAUACAAAGAAUUAGGAUGUUACAACAUAGAGGAUAUGCAAAAUUAUCGCAGCAAAGCCUUUGGGAGCUUGCCGCCUCAUGUUUUCGCAUUAGCUGAAUCGGCGUACAGCUCCCUACAGAAUGGCGAAAAGAACCAGUCAGUUGUGAUAUCUGGUGAAAGCGGAGCUGGUAAAACAGAAACGACGAAGUUAAUUCUUCAGUACUUAUGCGCUGCCGGGGGGCAAGCGUCCUGGGCGGAACAGCAGAUUCUUGAGGCGAACACCGUAUUAGAAGCUUUUGGUAACGCGAAAACUGUUCGUAAUGAUAAUUCGUCACGUUUCGGCAAAUUCGUGGAAGUAAGAUUGGAUCACCGGGGGGGAAUAAAAGGUGCUGUGCUACGAGAUUUCCUCUUGGAGCGUGCUAGAAUAACUGGACCGGCGCCCAGGGAGACCAACUAUCAUGUCUUUUACCAGCUGGUUGAAGGAGCUAAGCAUAAUGCAGAACUACGAAGUACGUUGCGUCUACGUGACGGCGUUCAGUUUAAAUAUCUUCGGCCCGAAGACGAUGAAGCUGGGAAGGGCAGAGGAGGGGAACAGGGCAAGCUAGAGGCGUUGCAAUUAGCUUUAACUGUGCUGCAAGUACCGCUGCAUAUGUGUGAAGGACUGUUUAAAGUACUGGCUGCUGUUUUAUGGCUGGGAAAUAUACGAUUUCAGGAUGUAGACGGCGAACGAACUACCCUAGCACCAGAAGACGCAGAAGCAGUGGAUGCAGUCGCAAAUCUCUUAGGCUUAGCGCCCCCGACGGCACAACGUGUUUUGUUAGAGAGACAGAUCAACGUGCGAGGAAAUGUCACCGACAUACCGUUACGCUUACACGAAGCACGUGAAAAUCGUCACGCAAUGGCACGCGCUUUAUACGCCCGUACGUUCGCUUGGCUUGUCCGCCACGUCAACAGUUGUUCUGCUCCUGGGAGGGAAGCUAGGCGGGCUCUUGGCGUUCUCGAUAUAUUCGGAUUUGAAAACUUUGCUUCGAAUUCAUUGGAACAACUGUGUAUCAACUACGCUAAUGAGAAGCUUCAUAUGUUCUUCAAUAAUUACGUUUUCGCGCUUGAACAGGAGAUCUAUCGCCAAGAAGGAAUUAAAUAUAACCAAAUACAGUUCACUGACAACGCUGCUUGUCUGGAACUGUUGGAAAAGCCUCCGAGAAGUCUACUCAAGUUACUUAGCGAACAGUGUCACAUGCCAAAGGGAUCAGACAGCGCGUACCUAACAAACAUUCAGGCUGAGUUCGGCGAACACCAGAGCUUUGUGAAAGGUUCCCGUCGCAAAUGGGAAGAAGAGUUCGGUGUCCAACACUACGCCGGCACCGUCUCAUACAGCGUGCAUGGUUUUGUGGAUAAGAAUAGAGAUACCCAGCAAGAUGCGUUCAUAGACCAUCUCAGUAGAUCCGCUAAUCCUUUUGUGAGGGAACUUGCGGAUUAUGUGCAGGAUUUAGCACCGCCUGGCCAUGAUAUAUCCUUGUCGAGUCCCGGUUCAACGAGCACGACGCAGAGAGGCACGUCCAAAGGCAGACCCACAGUCGUCGACACCUUCCGGGCGCAGUUGCAGUCGCUUGUCGACAUGCUUCAAGCUACUGACGUCUGGUACGUCCGCUGCAUCAAACCAAAUGAGAACAAAGUAGCGGGCAAGUACGACGAGCAACUGGUGCUGGAACAGCUACGCUACCUCGGUAUGAACGAGAUCGUACGCAUCCGGCGCGACGGCUACCCCGUGCACCUGCCCGCGCCACUCUUCCAGGCGCGCUACCGCUGUCUGCUACCCCACCCGAGACCUGUGUAUCCGGAUAUAACGGCCUUAAUGUCCUUAGUGAGCGCACCGACAGACGAUUGGCAGAUAGGUCACACGAAGAUAUUCAUGAGAAGCUCCGUUCACGGACCACUUGAGGCUAAGAGAACGGCACUGUUGCAAUCGUCAGCCCUACUUAUACAAAAGUGGUACAAGGGCGCGGUGCAGCGGCGCCAGUUCGCGGCGCGGCGGCGCGCGGCCGUGCGCCUGCAGGCGGCGUGGCGCGGCUGGUGCGAGCGCGCCGCCUUCCUGCGCAUGCGCCGCGCCGCGCUCACGCUGCAGAGGCACCUGCGCGGCGCCUUCGCGCGGGAGGUGGCCGCCGCGCUGCGCGAGAUGCGCCGCGUCAACCGCGAGAUCCGGCUGCGGGAGGAGCGGAACAGUCUCGCAGAAAAAGCCGAACAGGAGCGAGCAGAACUGGAAAGCAUGGCAGAUCAAUUACGCGGUAUAUCCUGCGCCGGCGCACGUGCGGACUCAGUUAACCUAGACAACUUGUUCGACUUCCUGGCAGACGUGCCCGCCCAACGCGGGGCCCCUGAUGGACAGCCCGCACACCAGCCCUCGAUUGCGGAAAUAGGCGACUCCAUGGAACGCUUAGCAGAUGAUCUGAAUCAUGAGCUGGAGACCGUGUUAGCAGAAGAAAUAGAUGACUUAACAAUAGCUGACACCGAGGCGCAAAGAAAACCAGACGGAGCUCCAUCCGACGCCAUCCCACCCCCUCCGCCGUCCUCUCUCGCCUUGCAAUCUAUCCACCAACCCGCGUCCAUGACGUCAUCACUAACAAACGGCUUAUCGAAUGGAAUGUCACCGUGUGAUAUGUCGUCAUCCUUGACCAAUGGCAAUGAUGUGAUGUCGUCAUCACUCAUAAUGCCUCCCCCGCCAAUCUUGGAGCCUUCGGUGGAAGAAUCUCCAAUAUUCCCCCCACCACCUGCGUGUUCCUUACCCGAACCAGCUGGGCCACCCCCUCCGCCCCCGUCAGGCAAAGACGUGACUCCACCAGAACUGACAAACGGUAUAAUACCUAACGGUAAAGUGGCCGUCAUCAAGGACAAGGAGCCUAUAUACGAAGCAGUGAUACCACGACCGCCGACUGACCCACCAGUUACCUCCCCACCGCCGCCGCCUGCAAACCCACCAGAAAAUAAUGGAUUUUCAUCAACCAAAGAAUCGGAAAUGGAACCGGAAGAGCCGCUCCCACCGCUUCCAAGCAACGUGACGUCACCGGAAAUGAACGAAAUAUCCUCGCCCACGCAACUGUCAGACUCAUGCAUCAGCCCACCACCUACGCUUAAUGGAGAUUGUAAUAACACUGAACGUCACGCGCGUCGUAAGGAGCGAGUGGAACGUCGCCUUCAUCAGCUCGAAGCACCUCCCACCUCCAAUGAACCACCGUCUGACUCCGCCACUGAUCUGACAGAGUUCGCCAAACUGUACUUCAAUGAUCAUCCAAGAUCACCUGAAGGUACAAUCAUGGCAACACUUACACGUAAAAGUAAGUCUAUGGAGCUACUGACCAAAGAAGAGAUGAUCACCUAUCACAAAGGAAACAACAUUCCUACGUCGCACAUACAGCUUCACGACCCGGACAGCGUGACCGCGGCUGUUAAUAUAUUCCGGGACUUAUGCCGGUACAUGAGAGGUGAACUGACAGCGGAAAAAGAAACGCAGGUUAUACAGUCCAUUAUCGGCAAAGGCUUGGAGCGAGAGGAGCUGAGGGACGAAAUAUUAGUGCAAUGUGUUAGACAAAUCACAGAAUGCCCCGUAGAAGAGUGGGCGGAACGCGUAUGGCUGAUCCUGUGCCUGUGCGCGGUGGCGUGGCAGCCCAGCCGCGGGCUCGCGCGGUACUACUGCGCCUGGCUACGCGUGCGAGCCCGGGCCUUGAUGUCGCCCGCCUCCACGGGCUCGGUGACCUCCGUGGCCUCGGUGACCGGCGGCGCCCGCGCAGCGCACUGCGCGCAGUGGUGCCUCGACAACUGCAGGGGCGCCGCGCCCAGGCAACUGCCGCCGAGUACUGUGGAGAUUGCGGCGAUGCGCCGCCUGGGGACGAUCGUGUGCCGGUUCUUCUUCCUGGACGGGCGCACGAAGGCCAUCGACGUGCACCCCGCGGACACGGCGGCGGCGGCGGCGGCGCGCCUGGCGGACAAGCUGGGGCUGGCCCCGCAGGCGCGCGCCGGCUGGGCCGUGUACCAGCAGCGCGCCGGCGCCGAGGAGCACGUGCGCGCCGCGCACUACCUCUACGACGUCAUCGCGGCCUGGGAGAUGCAACAAGGCCCAGGCGGCGGUUCUGCAGACAACCGCUUCGUAUUCAAGCGACGCUUGUUCCGCGGCGGGCGCGAGUUACCGCACGACCCCAUUGAGGUCGCGCUGCUCUACGCGCAGGCCGUUCAUAGUGUUGUUAAGAUGGACGAGUUCCCGGUUUCGGAAAAGGUGGCUCUACAACUAGCGGGACUACAAGCGCAGGUGUCUUUGGGCGAGCCCCCGCCCAGCCCACCGCCGCCCCACACACGUGCUUACUACUCGCACCCCGACCAAUUUCUGCCGCCUAGAAUCGCCAAGCAACGCCCGCCUCACCAGUGGGCGACAAUACUUGCUCAAGCGCACCGUCAGUAUGGAGCGGGAAGAGCGGAACUGACCGCGAAGGCGUUGUAUUUAUCCUGCGUUAUGCAGUACCCGUUAUAUGGGGUCACUCUCUUCCCGGUCACUUACAAGGGAUAUUGGGCCCACGGUCCAAAUGUUUUACUCGGCGUGGGAGCCGAAGGUGUAGUGUUGGUGCGCCCAGCGGAUAAAGUUGUACUGGCGGAGUAUCCGUAUACGAACAUCGCAGCAAUCUUGAUGGAUCCGGUCGAUAACGGCCUAACGCUUAGCUUGACUCAUCAUGGACAGCACGAUGGUUUAAGAUGCAUCGUGCUGGAGUGCGCGCAGAAGAGCGAGGCGGCGUGGCUGAUGGCGGCGUACAGCCCGGCGCUGGCGGGCGGGCUGGCGGAGGAGGCGCCGCGCCGCGCCGCGCCCGCCGCCGAGCGCGCGCGCCUGGCCGCCGCGCUGCGGGCCGCGCGCCGCGCGCUCGUGGACUCCGCGCUGCUGCGCCGCCCGCAGGACCUGUCCGCCGGCGGCUUCCUGCGGAACACGCUGCGCAGGCUAAGCAAGCACCGCCUGGAGCGAGUCCGGCUGGACAUAUCCGCGGAGUCGCAGGGCGAGUGUUACAAGGGCUUCCCCGCGAGCUACUGGUGCUGGGCGCGCAGCCUGCCGCACAGCCUCACCAAGCUUAAUGAGGCAGAGGAGGUGGCUGCCAUGCAGAUCUUUAAAGACAUAAUGAGUCACGCGGGCCUGACCAGCAACGAAGGCAGCACCACGAACCUCGCCAACAACAACAGCACGGCCAGUCACGAGAGCGACAGCGACGAUCGCGUGGCUCUCGCGCAGUCGUUAUUGCAACGCUGCCUGCAAAAGGACACGCUGCUUUGCGAGCUGUACGCGCAGCUCAUCAAACAGACGACGGAGCACCCGGAGCCGUCGUCGCGCGUGUCGGCGCGGCACUGGGCGCUGCUGUGCGCGGCGCUGGGCGCGGCGCUGCCGCCGGCGCGGCCGCUGCGGCGCCUGCUGCUAGCGCACCUGCGCUACCGCGCCGCCGCGCUGCACGCCAGCGAGGAGGGCAAGUUCGCGCGCCGCGCCGAGCAGGUGGCGCUGAGCAUAGCGCAGGUCCCGCGCCGCCUGAACGCACCUUCCAAGGAGGAGCUGCUGUGCGCGGCGGCGCGCCGGCCCAUGCACGUGCGCGUGUUGUUGCUGGACGGCAAGCAGCACGGGCUCGUGUUCGGGCCCGCCGCCACCGCGGACCACCUGGUCGCCAUGCUGCGCGACAAGAUCGGUCUUAGCGACGCCGCUACCGGCUACGCGUUGUACGAGGUGUGCGCGAACUCGAGCCCAGCGGGAGCAGGCGAACGCGCGUUGGGCGGCGCCGAGCGCGUGGGCGACGUACUGGCUCGCUGGGAGAAGGCCGGGGCCACUGCCGCCGCCUGCAGGUUGGUGUUCAAGAAGCGCCUGUUCCUGGGCGAGCGGCCGUUACACACGGCGUGCGCAGCGGAGAUGGAGCUGCUGUACUACCAGGUGCUGCACGCCGUGCGACACGACCGCCUGCCCAUCGAGACCGACGAGGCCGUGAUGCUGGCCGCGCUGCACGCGCAGGUGGUGAAGGGCGACUGCCUGGGCGGCGGCGAGGAGUGCGCGGCGGCGGCGGGCGCGGUGCUGCCGGCGCGGCCGGGCGGCGCGCUGCCCGCGCCCGCCGUGCGCCUGCACCACCUGGCGCUGCGCGGCACCGAGCCGCACGCCGCCAUGCAGCGCGCGCUCACGCUGGCCUCCUCCUGGCCGCUCACGCGCGCCACCAUCUUCGACGUCAUGCAAUCGUUCACGUCAAACUGGCCACGCGCGCUGUGGCUGGCGGUGGACGCGCGCGGGCUAACCCUGCUGCGGCGAGGCGCGCGCGCGGCGCUCGUGUCGCACGACCACGACCAGCUGCUGGCCGUGUCGCCCGCGCCGCGCGCGCUGCUGCUCGUCACGCGCGCCGACCGCAAGCACGCCAAGCUCGUGCUCUCCACCGACCAGGCGUACCAGAUCGCAACGCUGAUCAAGGACUACAUCGAGGCGGUGCGCGGGCCCGUGUGCCCCGCCGUGCCGCAGCCCGGCCGCGCCGCCUCCUGA